UCAGAAUUGUUAUAAGUUAUUUAGAUUUUCAGAUCGAAUUAUAAGAUUGCAUGGUAUUCGUGAGGGAAAAGAGUAAGUUACAAAAAUAUCUUAUCACAGAAAGUACUUGAAUUAUAGAGUAAUAUUUUAUAAAUAUUGUAUGUGUAAAAUAGUUGAGACAGCAUGAAUCUUCCGCAAUAAACAGGUGACCUGAAAGCAAAAAAUUACAAAAUUCAUUCACAUACGAAGACAAACUAUGUUGUUUAUAUUCUGUCAUUAUAGCAUCAUUGUUCUUUGUGUUGUGAUCACUGAUUAUCGUCAAGCGACAACGGACUGCUUCUGCCUCAUUGCAUUAGUUACGAGCUGUUACGAGUAUUAGACGGUGGUCCGAUUAAGGAAUUAUGUUGCAUGUUAUGUCUUUAUUUAUUUUUAUUUGAUUUAUUUAAUGAAUAAUCCACUUUGUGAAAUAUUAAAAAAAAUUAUGUUGCAUGUUCUUAGUUUCUUAAAUCCAUUGUUUUGGUUAUAAUAAAUAAACUGUUACAACAACAAGGAAAUGACAUUUUUGAAUUCAAAUAGGAUCUAGAGAUUAUUGUUUUGUUUCAAAGUAGAUUGAGACGUUCCUAGUCUUACAUUAGCUUAGACAUGGAAACAAUAAUAGUGUUUGUUGUAUUCGUGAUAGCACCAUGCUUGUCUACUCCAAACGAUAAUUUUUGUGAGCACGUUACGCAAAUGCAUCAUCACUGUAUUGACGAAAAUGGUUCGAUUGGACAUGCAAACCAGGGAAGGCCUGGUAAGAUUGGACCAAAAGGUCCCGCAGGAAUUCAGGGACCGCCUGGCACCGUUGAUUAUGAUAUUAUCGAUAGAAAACUGAGGGAUAUGUUUCAAGAUACUGAAAAUCGGCUGAAUAGAAAAGUAGCAAGUUGUGAAGCUGCCGUUGAGAAUUUGAAAGAAGAACUACGUGUCCGUACAGUAACCGAUUGCAGUAAGGUAUCGAUGGAAGAUAUACAAUCAACUAGCGAGACAGGGGGAAUUUUUGAUAUAUAUCCAGGACGAAAACAGACAGAAGUUUAUUGUGAUAUGGAAACUGAUGGAGGAGGAUGGAUUGUAUUUCAACGCAGAAAAGAUGGAAGUGAAGACUUCUUCAGGUCAUGGAAUGACUAUGUAACAGGAUUCGGCAAUAAAAAAGGGGAAUUUUGGCUUGGUCUUGAAACGCUACACAAAAUAACGUCAUCCGGGUCUUAUGAACUCAGAGUAGAUCUCGAAGAUUGGUCUGGCGUGAAGAAAUACGCAAGAUACUCAACUUUCAAGAUCGGCAGUGCAAGUACGAAGUAUCGGAUAAAUCUCGGUGCUUAUUCUGGCGAUGCUACGGACUCAAUGUCGCGAGAAAACGGGAUGAAAUUUUCAACCAAAGACCGCGAUCACGAUACUUGGCCCAACAAUUGCGCUUCAGCGUACAAGGGAGCGUGGUGGUAUGGUAAAUGCCAUAUAGCCAAUCUUAACGGAAAAUACCAUAAAGGUGGUGCACACUCUACUUAUGCAGAUGGAAUCAAUUGGCAUGGAUGGAAAGGAUAUAAUUACUCCCUCAAAUUCACGGAAAUGAAAAUCCGACCAACUUCAUAAAAUGUGAGAUGUACAACGAGCUGGAAAAUAUUUCAAUGUAUAUAUAUAUAUAUGUAUAGAAUAUACAAGAUACUGCAGAGCAAUGUGCUUUGAACUUAUUUUGAUGAAGUAUAGUGUCGUAUCGUUCCACCAUAUACUUUAUAGUUAACUUUGUUUUGUAAUUCCGAUUAAUAUGUGUGAUUUGCAAUGUCAAAAUAGUUAACUCUAACGCUUCGA